AUGGCUCUUUCUAAACCCACGUUCUUCAAUCACCUCAAAUUGCUCGUGAGAACCCAUCACCACCAUCAUCACCCGCUCCGCCCGGCUGUUGUAUCGCUCCGCCAGUUAUCAUUUGCCACACCAGAAGACGCCGCCGCGGAACGCCGUCGCCGGAAACGUCGCCUCCGUAUCGAACCCCCUCUUAAUGCCCUCCGUUCCAACACCCAAUCCCAACCUCGCCCUACCCCAAGCCCUAAUGCAAACCCUAACGCCCCGAAAAUCCCAGAACACGUAUCUGCUCUCACCGGCAACCGCCUCAACCUCCAUAAUCGUAUCCUCAAACUCAUCCGUGAAAACGAUCUGCAAGAAGCCGUUUUGUUGACGCGUCACUCUGUCUACUCCAACUGCAAACCGACCAUAUUCACUUGCAACGCCGUGAUGGCCGCCUGUCUCCGACAGUCUAAAUACGCGGAGCUUCUUAACCUCCACCGCUUCAUCACACAAGCAGCCGUCGCGGCGAACAUCGUCACUUAUAACCUCAUCAUCAACACCUAUAUGGAUUGCCGUAAAACCGAUACCGCAAUGGAACACUACAAACAGUUAAUUGAUAAUGCCCCAUUUGAUCCAAACACAACGACAUAUCGCAUUAUAGUGAAAGGGCUUGUUGAUAAUAAUAAGUUGGAGAAAGCAUUGGAAAUUAAAGAUGAGAUGCUAACGAAAGGGUUUGAAGCUGAUCCGAUUGUUUAUAGUUAUUUGAUGUCUGGGCAAGCUAAGACUGAGAACCCUGAUGGAAUUUUUGAUCUUUUUGAGGAAUUGAAGGAGAAAUUAGGUGGAUUUGUGCAUGAUGGGGUUGUUUAUGGGAGUGUUAUAAAAGGGUAUUUCCUGAAGGGAAUGGAGAAGGAGGCUAUGAAGUGUUAUGAAGAAGCUUUGGCCGAUGAUUCAAAGAUCAAGAUGAGUGCAAUUGCGUUUAAUUCGAUUUUGGAUGCACUGUUUAAGAAUGGAAAGUUUGAUGAUGCCUUGAAGCUGUUCGAUAAAAUGCUGGCUGAGCACAACCCACCCAAGCUGCUGACUGUGAAUUUGGGUAGCUAUAAUGUGAUGGUGGACGGAUGUUGUGCAGAAAGGAGAUUCGAUGAUGCAAUUAACGUGUUCAAUAGCAUGGGUGAGAAGCGGUGUCAUCCGGACACUCUUUCAUAUAAUAAUCUAAUCGAACAGUUGUGUGAUAACGGGAUGUUGGCUAAAGGGGAAGAGCUCUAUAAUGGUAUGACUGAGAAGGGAGUGAGCCCAGAUGAGUACACUUUUGUUGUAUUGAUGGAUACUUGUUUCAAAGAAAGCCGUCCUGAUGAUGCAGCUGCAUAUUACAAGAAAAUGAUUGAAUCCAAACUGAGGCCAAAUUUGGGAGUUUAUAAUCGGUUAAUGGAUGGCUUGGUAAAAGUUGGGAAGGUUGAUGAGGCUAAAUCUUUUUUUGAUAUGAUGGUGCCUAAGCUGCGAAUGGAUGAUGAUAGCUAUAAGUUUAUGAUGAAGGCGCUCUUUGAUAUCAAGAAACAUGAUGAAGUUCUUGAAAUCAUUGGCAAAAUGUUGAGGGAGGAUCCUUUGGAUUUUUCGGAGGAGUUGCAGGAGUUUGUAAGAGAGGAGCUGAGGAAAGAAGAAAGGGAGGAGGAUUUGGUGACACUUAUGGCGGAUAUAAAAAGAGAAAAAGCCGAAGCAGAAGCUAAAGAAGCCGAAGAAGCAGAAAGAGCAAAAGCUAGUGCUAGAGCUGCUGUUUCUUCUUUGUUGCCAUCUAAGUUGUUUGGUGAUAAGGUUGAUGCAGAGAAUUCUAAUGAGAAUAACGAGUCUGGUGGUGAGAUUGUGGCAGAAAUGGCAGAUGGUGAGGUGAAGGUUGAAGAGACUGAUGCAUCCAGUGAGCAGGUAACUGCAUAACUACGUUUAUGUUGUUUGAAUUGAUUAAGAAAUUCGAACUAAUGAUGAUCUUCUUUAGUUGCAUCUAAUGAUAUAAAGAUGAAAUCAUUUGCAAAAUGAUGAUAAUUUGUUCAUUGAAAAUAUAUUGAUU